CUUUUUCUAAGACUUUUCAAAAAUAAUUUUCUUAUUGGAGAGAAGUCAAAUUAAUUGUAAAAAAACAAAAAAUCCGAAAAUAUUAGUAAUUAAUUACUUAAGAACAGUAGAAAUUAAUGAAAUGGACAGCGCAAUAAACAAGGAAGAAAUUCUAGCCAAUUUCCAACAAAUUACUGCAAUGGAUAUUGCAGGAUCGAUUCACUUGCUAGAAUCUACUGGAUGGGAUUUAGAGGCAGCUAUUCAUUUAAGUCUUGAUGGUGGACAUGAAAGCGAUACCAAAGUUUUAAAUCAUAAUUUUCCAGAAGCCCCCCCUCCCGAGAUUAUUGCUGGAACGUCACGAGAAACGUAUUUAAAUUUCAAUGUACGCUUUAAGAAUUCUUUGUUUCGAUUAAACUUGUCAGAUCAAAAAACUAUUGGCGAUUUGAAACAAAAUAUCAUGAAGAGAACUUCAGUUCCUGUUUGUCGACAAAACAUAAGAGGAUUGCUAAACUUUACAAUGAAUGAUUUACAAAAUGACUCUAUAGUGCUCAGAUCCUUAAACCUUCCCGUUGAAAAUAAUGUAGAGCUGAAUGACUUGUCAAAUGAAGGAUUUCCAGUUGACAUGCCUCUGCUAAGUCCAUUGAAUUCAGAAUUAAGUUAUCAACUACGAAUAUACUAUACCAAUGAAGACAGGCAUUUAAAUCUCAACUUUCCUGCUACAAAAACAUUAAUUGAUAUUAAGAAUGAUUUAAAUGCAGUAUUGAAAAUUCCUGUUCGAUUCCAAAAAUGGGAAGGCUGGCCUACAAAUGUAUCUAAUGCAACAAAGCUCAAUGAAAUGGGAAUCGAACCAAUUCAUUCAUUGAAAUUGACUUGUACUAGCAACGAAGGUAGUUCUUCAAGGAUCAGCAUUGAUAAUGCACCAGUUGAAAUACACGAUUCCGAUUCAGAUUCGGUGGAAGAAUUUGAAGAUGCUCAUGCUGAUGAUGACAUAUUUACAGAGACUGUACAUCACAACCGACUUAAGUUAUUAAUCGAAGAUAAAAUCGAAGAUGAAAUUUUGGGCAGUUUGCAGUUUGUUAAUAACUAUAAAGAACGUUAUGGAAAUGGCCCGUCGUUUUUCGAAGGAAGUUUAGAAGAUGCAAUGAAAACAGCUUACACUUCAAAAUCAGCCAAGGACAGAAAGUUAUUAGCUGUAUACUUGCAUCACGAUAAUAGUGUUUUAUCAAAUGUAUUUUGCGGGCAAUUAUUAGGAAAUGAUAAUAUCAUAAAGCUAUUAAAUGAAAACUACAUUUUAUUCGGAUGGGAUUUAACUUGUGAAAGCAACAAAAAUAUGUUUUUGUCAUCGUUGACGGCUUGUGUUGCCGACUCAGCAUCGCUACAAAUCCGCAAUUUACCCAUCAAUCAAUUCCCUAUUAUAAUAAUUAUUCGUAAAUAUAGAAGUAUUUGUGAGGUUGCAGACAUUAUUCAUGGAAACAUCAAUGGCGAUGAACUUUAUAUACACUUAAUGAUGAAUUCAGAUGCCUUUAAUGAACAAAUGAAAGUAGAAAUUCGAGAAGAAAAUGAGCGUGCUGCAAGAGAAGUUCUUUUAAAUGAACAAAAGCAAGCUUAUCAAGAGAGCUUAUUGGCUGACAUGGCUAAAGAAGAAGAAAAACUUAGAAUUGAAAAGAUGAUUGAGACAGAGCGACAAAAACAAGAAUAUGAACGAAUGCAAGUUGAAGCUAAGAAGGAAGCUGAAAGAAAAAAUGCUGAAAAUUCCUUACCUCCAGAACCUUUGCAUGGUGAUGCUCAAAAAAUCACAAAAAUUCGUUUUAGAAAGCCAACGGGAGAAUUUAUUGAACGAAAGUUUACAGUCGAUACUCAAUUAAAGAUAUUAUUUAAUUAUGCCACUGCAAAUGGAUUUUCGCCAACAGAGUUUAAAAUUAUCUCUAGCUUCCCAAGAAGAGAUCUUACAUUGCUUGAUCCAAACGAUACUUUAAAGAAACUGAAUCUUGUACCUCAGGAAACAUUAAUCUUAGAAGAGCGAUAACAAUAAGUUUUUUUUUAAUUAUUGAAAUGG